AUGGUUGAACACUCGUUCCGAUGUCUCGCAGACACACUCCAACUCCCGGGACGCUACAAUCCCAAAGCCAACCACCUUGGACUCGUCAGUGACUGGCUCAACAAGGAAGAGGCAGGGCCAUGGGUUAUGGUCCUUGAUAAUGUCGAGGACGACGUCUUUUCUUCCAAAGACGAUGACACUCGGCUUGCAGAGCUCCUCCCAUCGCGGCGCAACGGUUGCCUCAUCUCUACCACGCGCAGCCAAGCUGUUGCCGAGGGUCUCAGUGUACUCCCUAAGGCCAUCUACGACGUCGAGGAAAUGAGCGACGCCCAAGCCAUGCGCCUCUUUCGAGGAAAGAUAAAUCGGACCCAACUUGAAGACAGCUACGAUGCCAAUGAAGCUCGGAAACUUGUUCGAACUCUGAAUCACUGCCCACUUGCAAUAUCCAUUGCCUCCGCCUUCAUGAUUCAUUGUGCACCCGAUAUGACGACUGAAAGCUAUCUGGAUCAAUUCUCGACAGUUGACCAGAAAAAGGAUAGUCUUCUGAACAAGGAAGGGGGCCAUCUUGCACUAGACGAGUCUAUCUCGGCUCCUGUUGUUGCAGCAUGGGAAAUCACGAUUAGACGAAUGGAACAGAGACAACCAUCUGUGGCGAGGCUGCUCUCUUUGAUGAGCCUUUUCAAUCCUCAAGAGAUCCCUACCUUAGGGUUGCAGCGGUACACGUUCGAGGCUGAUUGGAAGGCCAAUCGCAAGCUAAGCAACGAUCUGAAUACCCUCCGCGCGUUGGCUCUCGUAUCAGAUUCAGCCUCAGGAGAUACCUAUCAGAUGCACCCUUUGAUACAAACCUGCACACACGCUUGGCUGACCCAGUCUGGGAAGAUGGAGUACUGGAAGCGCCGUUUCUUGAGUGCCAUGACCGCUCAGUUUCCGAGUUUACCAGGUGCUGGGAACCGAUCCACUUGCCAAGCAAUUCUUCCUCAUGUUGAACACCUGUUUGAUGAAGAGCCUGGCAGUGACAGCCUCAGUGACUGGGUCGUCUUGCUGAGACGCUGCGCAUUGUAUUUCAGCGAUACCCAGAGAGGCGAAACAGCAAUCGAGUUGUCUAAAAAGGCAUUGGCAAGAGCCGAGGCGGUCUGGGGCAGGGAAGACGUAAAGACGCAAAGCUUGAUAGACCACACGGCUCUAUUCUUGGGCCGCGAGUGUCGAUUCCAGGAAGAAGAAGCUCUCUUGGCGGAGCUCGUUGAGAUCAGAACUCGGACCCUUGGCGAAGAGCACACCAACACCCUCACCUCGAUGGACCUCCUGGCAGACUCAUACUGCAAGCAGGAGCGUUUCAAAGAAGCGGAGGACCUAUUUCUAUCCGUUAUUGAGAAACAAAAGAGGACUCUCGGGGAGGAUCAUCACAGUACGCUCACCACCAUGAGGCGGCUUGCGGGCCUCUACCGAAAGAACGACAAGAAGGAGGAAGGUCUCAAACUCUUUACUCUACUGGAAGAGGUCAACAGAGAUUCGGAGAAAGACAGUCAAUACGACACAGACGCAGUCAACCUGGCAAUAGCACACAUGGACUUUCAGCAGUACACGGAAGCAGAGGAGUUGUUGAAGCCGGCAGUGGAGAGACUGACAAGGACCCGGGGGCAUGAUGAUAGACUUACCCUGUGGGCAACUUCUGUUCUCGCAGGGGUGUAUAAGCGGCAGAAACGCUACAAGGAAGCGAUUGCUCUCGCGCAGUGGUGUCUUCCCUUGCUGGAGCAAGUCUGUGGCCAGGAUCACCAUCGAACGGUGUACACGCGGAGCCUAUUGACGAGUAUGAGGCAAACAUAG